GUGGGGGUGAGGUCGAUUCUCUUAAAAGAGAUCAUGUAAAUAAUUAAGGGACCAAUACAGGUACGUAGGCCGGUAAGAAGAUCUGACCAAUGUGGGAUGCUGUUUUGGUGAGGUUCUGCUAUGAUGAUAUGUCUCCAAAUCGUUUCAAGAACGAUAUUUUCCAACAUCACCGCUCCUUAUGGCGUCAGUACGCUAGGUAAUCAUCUGAGAAUGACGAUUACUAAAAGACAACAGUUUACAAGAUGGAGAACGUAGAAGUAUAAAGUCAUCUUCUCGGACGAGAAGAAAGAAGAAAUCGAAGCAUAUCCCUUCUCAUCAGUAGCAAUUACCUUCGAGACCUUGAUAAGAAACACAGCUUCUCUCAACUUUUACCUAUCCCAUCUAUCAAUAUGACUACAAUUACGAAGGUCGCCAUUGCAGGUGCCAAGGGAGAUCUUGGAGAGCCAGUGUUUGAACAACUCUUAAAGGCGGGUUUCCAAAUUACUGUUAUAACCCGCAAAGGCAGCUCUCAUAUCUGGCCGUCCAAUAUUACCGUCAAGGAAGCCAACUAUGACUCGCUCGAUUCUCUGACGGAGGCACUUCAGGGUCAAGAUGCUGUUGUCUCGACUAUUACAACUUCGUCAUUGAGCGCACAGAUCAACCUGAUUGACGCUGCAGUCAAGGCAGGGGUGAAACGCUUCAUUCCAUCCGAAUUCGGUUCCGACACUUUCAACGCAAAGGCUUCACAGCUGCCUUGCUAUAAACCCAAGAUCGAAGUCCAGCAAGCACUGAAGAAAGCAGCUGCUGAGAGCAGUCUGACGUGGACCGCUGUACUCUGCGGACCUUUCUUGGACUGGGCGAUCCGUGUCGGGUUCUUCGCUGACGUUAAGAACCGUACUAUUUCAUUGCCGGAUGGAGGAAACAACACUGCUUCGAGCACGACCCUCCCGACUGUCGGCAAGGCCGUGGUGGGUGUACUGAAGAACUUUGAACGGACCAAGAAUCGUCAAGUCUACAUCCAAGAGGCUAUCAUCACCUUGAAGCAGAUUGCGGAGAUUCUCAAGAAGUAUACCGGGACAGAAGGGUGGGUUGAGAACGUCACGUCUCUCGACGAGGGACUUCAGAAGGCUUUGGAAGAAAACAAGACAGCAUACACGCCAAAUGUCUUCAUCUCGACUCUCAGGGUAGCUAUGUGGGGUAAGGAAUACGGCGGUACCUUCCAGAAGCUUGAUAAUGAGCUACUGGGAAUCAAGCAGUUGAGCCCGGCUGAAGUGGAGGCUAUUGUGGCCAAGAACAUCCCCACGUACAACGCCGAGGGAUGAUGAGCAAUAUCGCCCUCCACGUAUGGACUACUAAUUAUUAUCCCUCGGAGAUUGUAGGGGAUAGAGCAAUAUCCUAUCCACUUUAGAUCAUGUUAGUCUUGUAGUUUGCAGUUUGAAGUAGAAUUUAGCUACCGAAUUUCCACAUAUACCGACAUAACGAAAUCGAUGAAUUGCUAUUAAAGUUGUAAGAUCGUGAACUAAUAGAAGCCCCGCGUCUAAAUUACACAGCAUUAAAUAGGGGAAAAUCAAGCGACUAUGUCCGAAAUUUACCCGUGCCAGGAAUAAAUCGAUGUAAUAAGA